UGAACAUCAAAAGAAAAAUUGUAGCUCGUAGUAAACCCUCGGUGGUGUGUACGAUGCAAUAUUCUGAGUGUUACGGGUACGGUGCCGAAUGAUGCGCUAUUCCGAAAUUCCGCGUGAUCUAAACGAACGACAUACGUGCAAGGGCAAGGUAGGUAGAGAAGGCAAGCCAGCUCGCAAACCGCCGUCAGCUGGCGGCCACAACGAAUCGUACGAUGGCGACGAAGAUGGUGACGGCUACGGCCGUUUCUCCAGCUCCAAUGGCACAGCAGCAGAUCGGCAACCUCUACCGCUCGCGGAUAAAGCGCUGGACGGUGGCAUCGAUGCGCCACUGAUCGACGACGGUAGACGCGGCGGUAGGGGGGCGGAUCGACAGCAGCGGGAUCGUCACCUGUUGGAUGAGAAACACUUGUGCCAUAAAGCGACCACUUCUGGCUCGAUCGAAAGUCUCAACGAUGGAUGCACGGCGACGUCGUCAUUUAGACCGUGGCAUAGCUAUAGCUAUUCCAAGAAAUCAUACAGUCUACCGCCCAACACAACGAUAAGCGAUGUCGGCUCGAUCGUGUUCAGCUGCCAGCAAGUGUCGCCGGUCGAACUGGCCAGUCAGAUAACGCUGCUAGACUUCCCCAUCUUCAACGCAAUACAGCCGGAGGAGCUGACCAGCUGUGGCUGGACAAAGAAAAACAAACAUACUCUCGCACCGAACGUGGUGGCGUUUACGAAACGUUUCAAUCACACGACGUUUUGGACUGUUCAGGAAAUACUCAACGGUGUCAGUCCGAAGGAUCGUGCCGAGAUCAUUGGCCAUUUUAUUAAGGUGGCCAAAAAGUUGCACGAUAUCAACAACCUCCAUUCGCUGUUUGCCGUCAUUUCGGCCCUCAAGAGUGCCAGCGUGCAUCGACUGAAGGAAAGCUGGCUUCUAGUGUCCCGAAAAGAUCAACAGCAGCUGGAUCGGCUGAGUCAACUGUUUGACGAGAGCGAUAACUGGGCGGCCCUGCGAAAAUGUAUAAAUCAAUUCAAGCUUCCUGGUAUACCAUAUCUAGGCAUAUUUCUUACCGAUAUUAUCUACAUCGACCUACUGCAUCCUAGCAAAUCAGGGGAAGAGUGUCAUGCACGCGAAACCAAAAUGAACAACGUCCUGCGUGUGUUGUCUAGCUACCAAAGUUCGAACUACUCGUUCAUUAGUCCGGUACCUCCUACGCUACGCUACCUGCAGUCUCGCCGGUACAUCGACGAGUUGCAAAAUAUAUUUGAAGAAGAUCAAUACAAGAAAUCUCUAAACCUCGAGCCUGCCGGUAAUGCAUCUGCCUCAGCGGCGGCGUCAGUAUGCACCCUGCGACUGCAAAAACCAAAAACCGACCAUAAUGAUAUUGCACGUCGAAGUGCCACCGUGACCUCGACCGUGACGGAAGGGGGAGAUUCAAUGGAUUCGGUGCAUUGCACCAGUCAUCCAACUCAACAUUUGUCGAGGGGGAGACAGUUUAUACCCGGGCAUAGGAAAUGCUACAGUCUAGGGACAAACAUAUUUUAUCCUAGGGCUUCCGAACCGUCAACUUCGACGCCAGGAACACGGCAUGCAAACGCCGGUGAAGGGUCCAGUAAAAUGCGUCACUUGUUGGACGAUUCUUAUGUGGAGGCACGGCGGGCCCAUAGUAUAGGUGCCCCCGGGGAGCACGGGAGCGACCACGAGCAUGAAAGUCACAUGCCCCUGCAGUUAGUAGAGCUAGAACCGAUAACAAGCGGCAACCUCGUCGAAGGUUACCUCAAGCGCAAAACGGUUCUCAAGUACGGCCGCAAACCGACCGUGGCAUCCUGGCAGCGAUACUGGGUACUGAUUUGGUCCAACAAGAUGAUCUACUUUCCUCCAAAAACUUUCAAGGGCAACGAACGAAGCAAUUUCAAAAAAGAACCAUCGAAAAUUUUUCCUCUGGAAGGAUGGACGGCCGAGGAGUCCGAUCUGCCGCUUCAGGACGAGUUCUUCCAGCUGGUGAACUACAACCAUGGCCACGCGUAUCGUUUUAAGUCCGGCUCGAACGCUUCCGCCAACCGAUGGCUUGCGGCGCUGAAACAAGUCACCACACCAAAACCAGCCGAACCCUUGUCGAUCUCCUUGAAUCUGAUUUCAUUUGAAUAGGCUUUAUUUUUCUUCACAUCCAACGAUUAGUUUGAUGAAGGCAGUGACAUUCAACCAUGGCUAUAGUAGAAAGCUCCACUAAAAACAAAAUUAUCUAUGCACUCUCCGUAGUGUACAAAUACGGGGUGGGGCAUAAAUAGAUGUUGUAUUGUUUUGCUCUGCUUUGUGGCAUUUUAUAGUGCGCUUUCCUCGUUUAUAAUAAUAAUGCAAAAGCAUGAUCGUCGUCUACCGGAGA